GCGCUCUGAAGAAAAAAGGAGGAAGCAGAGGGGAGGCAGUGCAGCGGCAGCCGUCUGCUCAACCGGAGGACAAGACAACUUAAUCAGAGAAGAAAAAAACCCCAAACUACCGAAAACUAUCCAUUAGCUGGUCCCAGCAUCGCCGACAACACCUCCUCUCGGAACAACCCACGAAAGAAAGACUUUCCGCCUCUCCAGAGAGCGUCUGUUUCGGGCACCUGCAACUUGAGGUAGUUCAUUUCCAACAACCAUUAAGGCAGCUGCUUGAAAACACCGGGAGAAUGGCAGACUCGGCGGCGGCCAACAGUGAUGGGGAGGACGGACCCCGCCAGCCUAUGAGGGGGUUCGCGCGCCAGGGAGCUCUCCGGCAGAAGAACGUGCACGAGGUGAAGGACCACAAAUUCAUCGCGCGCUUCUUCAAGCAGCCCACCUUCUGCAGCCACUGCACCGACUUCAUCUGGGGUUUUGGCAAGCAGGGAUUUCAGUGUCAAGUGUGUUGUUUCGUGGUUCACAAACGUUGCCAUGAGUUCGUCACUUUCUCCUGUCCAGGUGCUGAUAAAGGGCCCGCGUCAGACGACCCGAGGUCAAAGCACAAGUUUAAGAUCCACACCUACUCCAGCCCCACCUUCUGUGACCACUGUGGCUCCCUACUCUAUGGCCUCAUACACCAGGGCAUGAGAUGUGACCACUGUAUGAUGAACAUCCAUAAGCGAUGUGUGGCCAACGUGCCGAGUCUGUGUGGCACAGACCACACUGAGAGGAGAGGUCGCAUCCAGAUCACCGCCGAGGUUAAGACCAAUGUUCUCACUGUUACCAUCAAAGAGGCCAGGAAUCUGGUUCCCAUGGACCCCAACGGUCUGUCAGACCCUUAUGUGAAGCUUAAACUGAUCCCGGAUCCCCGCAGCGAGAGUAAACAGAAGACCAAGACCAUAAAGUGCUGCCUCAACCCCACCUGGAACGAGACCUUUAAAUUCCACCUGAAAGAAUACGAUAAGGACCGCCGUCUGUCCGUGGAGGUGUGGGACUGGGACCUGACCAGCCGCAAUGACUUCAUGGGAUCACUGUCCUUUGGCAUCUCGGAGCUCCAGAAACAAGGGGUGGAUGGAUGGUUUAAGCUGCUCUCCCAGGAAGAAGGCGAGUACUUCAAUGUACCUGUCCCUCCGGAGGGGGAGGAGGGCAACGAGGAGCUACGGCAGAAAUUUGAGAGGGCUAAAAUUGGUCCUGGGAAGAACACAGAUGGGAAGUCAGCCAACGCCGCAUCCCGGUUCGACUCCAAUGGCAACCAAGACCGCAUGAAGUUGUCUGACUUUAACUUCCUCAUGGUGCUGGGCAAGGGCAGCUUUGGCAAGGUGAUGCUGGCAGAGCGUAAAGGAACCGAGGACCUGUACGCUAUAAAGAUCCUGAAGAAGGACGUCGUGAUCCAAGAUGACGACGUAGAGUGCACCAUGGUGGAGAAGAGAGUGCUAGCUUUAUCUGGAAAGCCCCCUUUCUUAACGCAGCUGCACUCUACCUUCCAGACUAUGGACCGUUUGUAUUUUGUCAUGGAGUACAUAAACGGCGGAGAUCUCAUGUAUCAGAUACAGCAGGUCGGCAAGUUCAAAGAACCUCACGCUGUAUUCUACGCUGCAGAGAUAGCGAUUGGUCUGUUUUUCCUACAUCAAAAGGGCAUCAUCUACAGAGAUCUGAAGCUGGACAAUGUAAUGCUGGACUGUGAGGGCCACAUUAAAAUCGCAGACUUUGGCAUGUGUAAAGAGAAUAUGAAUGAUGGAGUCACAACCAAGACCUUCUGUGGCACACCGGAUUACAUUGCUCCUGAGAUUAUAGCCUACCAGCCUUACGGGAAAUCUGUGGACUGGUGGGCCUUUGGCGUCUUGCUCUACGAGAUGCUGGCUGGACAGCCUCCAUUUGACGGAGAGGAUGAAGAUGAGUUAUUUCAGUCAAUCAUGGAGCACCACGUCUCCUAUCCCAAGUCAAUGUCCAAGGAGGCUGUCGCUAUCUGUAAAGGGCUGAUGACAAAGCAUCCAGCAAAACGCCUGGGCUGUGGUCCAGAGGGGGAGAGAGACAUCAGAGAGCACAGCUUCUUCCGCUACAUGGACUGGGAGAAACUGGAGAACAAGGAGGUGCAACCACCCUUCAAACCGAGAGCUUGUGGACGAGAUGCCGAAAACUUUGACCGUUUUUUCACACGCCACCCGCCGGUGCUGACCCCUCCCGAUGAUGAAGUGAUUCAGAAUCUGGACCAAGACGAGUUCCAGGGAUUCUCCUUUAUCAACUCAGAGUUCACAGGAAAUGCUGCUGCCACCACUGCCACCGAGCAGGCUUGAUUACAGCUCAUGCAUGGACACAUGGACACACACGCAAACAUACACAACUGUUUCUCCAGGAUCAGUCCCUACCUAACCCUGAGAUACACACACGCAUACGCAAAUGUGCCAUCUUAAAUUUAUGAUGAUUUCUGAUGCUAGUGUCAUUAAACUGACAGACAAAGUGAGGUUUUAUAAGAAGAACACACAUUUGUUGUUCACACUGUUGCAGCUUGGAUAAUUCGUUGGCCCCUUCUUGAGAUUUAAAGGCUUGAUUUCGUGUGCUGUAGCACGAUUUAAUUCGAGAUUUCAUUGAGAGCUUUGGAUAAAUGCAUUUAUACAAAUGUAUCAUGAUUAAAUGCAAUCAAAUCACAGCUUUAACUUAGUACAGUGCAGCAUACAGUAUGCAGUUAGCCUUUUCUUAGCACUGAGAGGGUUAUUACUAUACAUCGAUCACCUGCAACAUUAAAACCACCUGGCUUAUAUUGCCUAGAUCCCUCUCCUAUCACCAGAACAGCUCUGACUCAUUGCAGACACACAAGAGUCCCUGAGAUGUCCUGUGAUAUCGAGCACCAAGAUGUCAGCAGCAGAUCGUGCAAGUUAGAUCUGGGGAAUUUGGAAUUUAAGACCUUGAGCUCUUUAAGAGCAUUCCUGAAGAAGUUUUGCAACAUUGUCCUGCAAAGUCAAGAGCUGCUGUCGUCAGCCACUGCCAUGAACAUGGUGUGUUAUUCAUUUCUGCUGUCGGUGGUUCAAGUGUUGCGGAUGAUCGUUCUAAACCAGUUUAGAACAAUAGCGUGCAUGACACAGUACAUACCAAGAAGCAUCUGACGUGCUUUCUAAAUCUGUCUGUUUUUGCAUCUUGGGUGAUUUUCAAAUUGUGUUGCUUGCAGUGUGAACAAAGAGUUUGUGUUUAAUUUAGCAUGCGCAAUCAGAUAAAGGAUUAGAAAUUAAUUAGGAUCUUUUAAAGUUCAUAAAUCAUGGAUUUCGAAACCGAGGGACCAAAAUAAUUGGAUUUCAUAUAGCACAGUUAGGGUGUGACUAAAAGGGUGAUUAUAUUUUAAUAAAUGCAUUUACUAAAACUUUUACAAUCUAACUAUAGGAUUUCACAACUAAACAACCGCGAGACUUCCUGUGUAACAUAGCUUUGGCACUCCAUUUUCUAACUUUUAUUCAGGUGGGAAAUGUGAUUUAGCUUUUCUUUUACCCAUUCCUCAGCUUUUCCAGUGCAUUUUGAUAAGACUAUAAUUUUAGUGUGCUUCUUAGUGGGCUUAUAUUAAUAAUAGUGUCUGUGUGUUUAUACCUAUAACUGGAAUGCUUGACAUGCAUGCAUGAGUUUCUAUAUCAAGAGUAGCCCUGGACCUUGUCUCCCAACUGCAUUUUAGCAUCUUUGCUCAUGGAGUAUUAUUUUAAUAAUUAAUACUGCGAGUUUUCAGGUUUGUACCACAAAUAUCAAAUUUUAUGUAAUUUCUGUCCAUAAAAAAUGCUGUUGGGAAAUGUAGUCUUUACCGAGGGUGUGAGUCAGACAAAUAGAUAAUGCCAUUUCUUGUACUCUGAUCUGAUGUCUGUUAAGUAGUAUUUAAGCGAUGAAAAAGACUAGCAGUUAUUUCUUUGUGUUUUAUAAAAGCAUGAUUCCAAUACCUGACCAUUUGUUUACAGAGUGUGUGUGUGAGUGUGUCGGUACAAGCAUGUUUUGUGUUAGGGAACAAGUACUGUCUAUGGAAACACACUUAUGUGUUUGCAUUUUUGUGAGUCCAUACUGCCUUCCCAGCUCCUUGCCUGGCACUGUGUUUACAUUUGUUAGCGUGGUGAAUGUCAGCAGCCCUCUUUAAAUCGAACAGUAUUAGUGUGGUAGAGGUAGAAAGCAAGAGAUAAAAGAAGAGAAGAAAAAUCUAUUUGCAUUUCAGGAAAGAAAUAAAAGAAAUUAGAAUAAAAUGUUUUACUAGCAGUCAGAAAUGUACAUCUCUUUCUGGUCACAAGAGUGAUCCAAAGCCUCUAGAGACCAGUUGGCGACCUCUCACAACCUCUGGUCACUAGGACUGGUUGGCAAGUGGUUGCUAACAGUUGGUAGGUGAAACUGGUCACAAAGAGGGUGCUACACCAAAAACUUGGUCCUUGAUUGCCACAGUCACCCACAGUUUGCAAGUAAGACACUGGCUCUGCAAUCAGUCUCCAACCACUUGCUGACUGGCAGUGAAUUUGACACAAACUGGAGAUAGUUUGGCUUCUCUAGUUUUGCAUUGCACUUCUCAUGGUUUCACUGCUUCAGCUGGUGAGAUUUUGAAGAAAAGUUUUAAGGGUGACCAACGCAAUCCCAAGGAGGUUUUUGGUGCAGCAUUGUCGUAUACCUCUUUCAGAUCAAUUUCACCUAGCAGUGCAUCAAUCAAUCUCUAGCAUCAACCAGUUGACGAGAAUCCACGCAUAUCCACUAAUAUCUACUAGUAUCUACUAGUAUCCGCUCAUCAACUGGUUGAUGCUAGGGGUCACAGGUCGGUCUCUAGGUCUGUGCGGCUGGGGCUUUAGAAAGUCCAAAAUCUUUAGUUUGGUUGAACAGUGAUGCCAAAUUCCACCUCUGUAGACCUUGGAAAGCACCACCUCAAACACACGGCUGAUUUGCAGGUUAGGAUUUCUUGUCUGAAAGUCAAAAGUGGGCCCAGGUCUCUGCUGUCAAAAUGCAUGUUUAAGUCCUUGAGCAUCUUUAAAAGUUACUUAGCCUAUGAAAAGUUUCUUUAAGAACAGAAAAUCAGAACAAUCAGGCUUUCCUGGGUUUUUGGUCUACUUUUCUAGAAGUAGGAGUUGAGGUUUAACCCACUGUGAUUUGUGUUUUUCAAGCAGCCGUCUGUGUUUGCCUUAAGAAUCAUUGGGACAGAAGGUAAAGUUACAGUAGGCCUCCUGAAGUAGAAAACUGUGUUUUCUCUUUUGUUCUCCCUAGUGAGCAAUAAUCCUGUUAGUGAUCUACAUAUCGAGGCGGUGAGGUUAGCAGUAUGUCUGUUCAGCUCAGGCUUUGUGUCUCUUUGACUGUAGCCACUUAUUAAAGAGGGACAGUGGAGGAAGUCGUUGGAGGGUUUUGUUUGUCUGCAAAGUUGGUGCGGUAACACUCUGGUUCAGUAACUUUCUUCUUGUAUAUCUGCAGCUGAUGAUUUUUGUUCUGGUGGCAGCUGGAGGUCUUCAGGCGUUCACUUAGUUUAAAUGUUAAUUAUUGUUGUUGCCAUCAAACGUAACUCUUUAAAAUGAGUUGAGGAGAAAAUAUCGAGCUUUUUUUUUUUUUUGAAUUGACCUUACUUGAGAUUGGGUAGAAAAUAUCCUCUAUGUCCCCAGCAAAAUAUUGAAAGCCUUGGUGCAGGAGGUAUCAUUUACUUGCAGAUCCACUUAUUAUUUGAUAGCCAAAAAAAAAAAGCAACUGCAGGAAUGUUUAGAUCCAGUGUAAUUAUCCUAUUCAAAUAUCAUUCCCUUUUGUGAAAAUUAUUUGGCACACCUGGAUGUUUGCUUAGGUUUAGGGGUUCAUCAUUUAUACUGGGAUUACUGAUAGAUUGCAAUUAUCCUGUCGGCUUCAGUCCAAACAAGCGAUGCUAGCAAAUUGUAGAGGUUUGUGCUCUGCUUAGAAAUGCUAUCAUACAGUAAAUUCACUUGAAUGAGUGGCAGCUAUCUUUGAUUCUAAGAAGCUUUAAAAGAUAACAGUAAAUUAAUCAUAUGUGACAACGAUACAGUAAUGUCUGAUUUACCUAUAGUUGCACAUACUCUGGGCUUCUACAAUGAUUGUAAUUUUCUUAAUUGAUUACUUUAAAAAAAAUGGUAAAAACAAAAGAGCCCUGUCGACUACAGAUAGAGUGAAGAUUGUGUCUAAGGUGAGGAAGGGUUAGCAGGAAACUGACAUCACGAAGAUUUUUUAUCAUCAUCAUUUUGUCACAGAAUACUUUCACACACGGUCCCUUUAAUCCAAUCAGAUGCGAGCAGAGACAGAGGCCUAUAAUAUACCGUAAUUUGGCUUUUGAUUAAAGCGGCCUUGUUUGGAUGUUUUUUGAUUUUAAAUGCUGAGUUCAGCAGGGAAGAAAAUUUCACAGUUUUCUGUCGUUUUUCUUGAGUGUGAAUGAAAAUGUGUUUUUACGACUCAAUGUCGCCUGUGUCUACUUUCUGUGUCGAACCUCCAUUGUCAGUAUUUAUUUCAGCCACUGAAAUCUAACAGCAACAGCAAAUAUAUAAUUAUAUAUACUGAAACAUAUAUACUACUGUUAAAAACUGAUAUAUACAUAUAAUUAUACAUGUGGAGGAAAAGAGAAGUCUUGCUCCAAGAUUUGUGUCUGUUUCGAUGAUUCCUUCCUGCUGAAGGAGAAGCAAAAAAGGACUGUGCAUGAAAAAAACAACUUUUUCUUUGACCUUUUUUAUUAGUUAGAUAUGAUAUAUAUUUAACAUAUUAGGAUGAUCCAUGUUUUCUGUGUCAGCAGUGCUUCAAAGACUGUGUGAUUCUAGCUACUGUUAUUAACGUUAUGUAUGAGCAUACGUAUAUACCGAAAAAAGGAAAGAAAAAAUGCUUUAAAAAUGCUUUCCAUGUGCCAUUCUUUUUCCUUUUUUUUUUUGCUUGUUUUUCAAGAAAAGCCGACAUACCCAAAAUAAAGAAUUUCAAUGACGCA